GGCAGAAUGUCAGAGCUCCAUUCUGCACACGCUUUCUACAACCACAUCUUCGACCCAGACCUACUAACGGUGAUACUGGUCUUCUUAGUCCUGGCUUCUGCUUUCGUUAUUAUCGCACCUGGGAUUCGGGGAAAGUUGAGGAUAUUCUGGAUGAGCAGAAUAAUUCUUAGUUUAUUCAUAGGCGCGGUGAUAAUUGCUCUGCAGUUUUCCCGGGACUGGGCCUCCGCGGGGGUGGAAGCCAACGUCACCUACAAGUCAUUCAGCAGCGCCGUGGUGCGCGCGGAGCUCGGGCUGCACGUGGGGCUGUCGGGGAUCGACGUCACGCUCAGAGGAAACCCAGUGGUGCAGCGAAACGAGACCAUCAACUACAACGUGGCGUUUCACUGGACGGACAGCUUAGAGCAGGACUACGCUGAGGCACUGGAAAGGGGCCUACCCAGUCCCAUCCUCUAUGUCGCUGAGAAGUUCAGCCCUGGCAGUCCCUGUGGCCUUCUCUACCAGUACCGAUUCUCUGGCCGAUAUGCUUCUGCCACCAUGUGGACGGCCUUCUGCUGCUGGCUGCUGGCCAACAUCCUGUUUUCCAUGCCCGUGCUGCUCUACGCAGGCUGCGUGACGGUGACCGCGGGACUCUUCAUGUUUCUCUCCCUGGCCUCGUUCGCUGCCACGCGCAGCCUGCCGCCGUGCGUUUUCGCCGUGGGCUCGGCCUCUUUCCAGACCCGCCUUGGCUGCUCCUUCUGGCUGGCCCUGGGCACAGGUGUGCUGUGCACUGUUGUUGGAGCCCUGGUGGUGAUUCUGGACUACAUGUUGCCCAAAAAAAUGAGGAAGGUCUUCAGUCUGGCCAUGGAUGAGGACGAGGAUGAGGGGGACGUCAUCUCCGGGGCAGGCGGGUAUCUCAACAGCACCUUCCUCAGGUCCUCACCCCCGCUGGAGAUCCUCUCCUUUACUCGGGAAAACCUGGGAGGCAGUCAAGCCCUUCUUCUAAGACUUCAUGGAGAAGAAAGAAAAUCAUCAUUUGGGCUGGUUCAACAACUCAGGCUAUAUCAAUAUGAAUGUAAAUAAGGUGUACAUAUAUGUCUGUUCUGUGUUAUGGGAAAAAAACUAGCAGACAUUAAAAAAAAUAAUGAAUGACUCAC